AUGGGGAAUAGCGCGAGCGUCAAAAAAGGAUCAUCGUCCUCGACGGGCGGAGCGCAGAGGAAAACCAGUCUAGGUCCGGCCGGCAUAUUAGCGCGUGGCCCGCCGCCUGACGCAGUCAAGUCCAGUCCCGUGUCCAGCUCCACCACUGCCAAUAGGUCUUGUGCCGCCGGUAAAGACCGUGGAUCCUCGCAACGUACUGCAGCACCAGGCACACGAGGCCAGGAAGUAAGCGACCACGAAGCUGACACCAGGAGUCACGCGCCUGCUGGCGAACAUGACCUGGCGCAGGAGGGUGCGAUGCUAUUCCUCAGUUUCGACCGAUUUGGCCUAUCGGAUCCUGAAACAAUGGAGCCGUUAUUGGACGUGCGAGAUCUGAUUGCCUACCUCUCCCGGCAAGGUCUCCUGGUGCACUUGGACAUGCGGUUACACCCCAUUUUCACCUACCUUGUGGAGGAGAGGAAGCUGUCUGUUGAAUGGCUCUGGAAAUUUUGCGACAAGUGCGCAGACGAUCCCGACUACCCUUCAGCGGAUGUGCUGUUGGCCUCCGCCGCAGACGCGGUUGUUUACGGAGGUUUGGUCGAGCCCUCGUCUGGAACUACUGCUGCAGACAGGUCAUCUGGCAAACAGGGCGGAGGGUACUUGUUCGGAGUGAACCGGCAGAAAGGCUACGUGAGCGGAGCACUCAGCAGCGUUGUGAAAAGCGGUGCGAACAUGAUUCGAGGCGCGACAGGAACAGGUACUACUUCAUUUUCAUCUUCUAGCAGUGGCGCAGAUACUACUAAAUCUAGCGCUUCGAGUAGUUGCAGCACAGCCGCUUCACAGCGUGGCGGUGGUGGUUCAUCUUCUUCUUCCUCUGAGGAGUCGCCCGGAGGGCAUCUUUUAGUACUGGAAGAGAGAUACGUUGCCGAGAGGCAAUUGUAUCUGACGCAAGCUGAUUUCACUGAGAUGGUCUCGCCUUGUGUCGCGUUUGUGCGCUUUGCGUUGCGUGGACAGCACACGAUCAAAAGGUUUGCGGAAGUGCGGCGCAUCGUGCGUGACGUUUACCAGGUCGUGCGUACGAAUCACGGCGGUCAAAACGCGAGUUACAUUCCGCAGUUGGCGGAAGACGCGGUGCCUUGGGACCAAUUUGCGAUUUCGAUUACUUCCACCGACGGGCAGCAUUUUAGCGUAGGGGACCACGGAAACUCUUUUGCAAUCCAAAGUUGUUCGAAGCCGAUCAGCUUCCUGUGCGCCUUGCGGCAGUUCGGUACGCGCUACUGCUCCGACCAUGUAGGCGUCGAGGCCAGUGGACGGCCCUUCAACGAAGUCUGUUUGAAAAAAAAGAAGCGGGUGCGGACCGGGGAGCAAUGCGAGAUCCCACACAAUCCCUGCAUCAACGCUGGCGCGAUUUGCACGAUGUCAAUGGUCUUUCCGGAACAACAAGAGCAGGAUCGAGUCGCGAAGCUGGUCAAGGUCUGGCGCUCGCUCUCACGCGGCCUGCAGCCAGGCAAAGAGUACUUGAUCGCUCGCGGAGCGUCGCUACUCGCUGCGCAGGCACGCGCGGAGCAGAAUCGCUUACAACAACAGAACCGGGUCGUGAACCAGCCCGGCCGUGCUAUGUUGGAAAACCGCGGAGGACAAAAAGGUCAGAAUGCAGGAACAACAGCAAACACUUCGUCUGGGGAAGUCACAGCGCCCGCGACCCCAAAAGAUUUUCAACGGAGUUGGACUAGGCAGGAGGCGGACUGGAUGGAGAUUCUAGAACAAGACGUAAGCCCUGCUCGAUCGAGUAGUGCAGCAGCGAAAGUUAAUAAAUCUAUCGCGUCCUCCGCGAGUGGUGACGAUGAGAAUAACUCGAGCUUUGCGAGCCCGGCGCCCAAGAACAAGACAAGCGCCGGUGGCGUCACUUCUUCUACAACUCCAAAUGAACUCACAAGCAUGACUAUUUCUGCAGUUUCGCCCGAAGCACGGAAGGGGAUGUCCAACGAGCGCGCUCGGUGGCUGUCUGCGGGUAAAGCCGCUCUGCAAGCUGUGGUCGAGGAGGAGGCCAAGGAGAUGGGGCCGCCGCUACACGUGACGGUAACCGAUCAUAAGGAUGACAUAGAAGACGACGUCGAAGAGAAUUCCGAAGAGACGUUGCGCAGGGACGAAGAAGAACGCGCGGCGAUGGAGUUACACGUGAAACGUUGCCAGAACAGCGCAGCAAUACGGAGGAUCGACGUUGCGGCUGCAGUCGGCGAGAGAGGUGGAGCAGGAAGUUAUCCAAAAAAUAUAGAUUCUUGUAAAGUUCUGAAAAAUGGGAGCAAGACAGCCGCAGAAGAUGAAAAAAGUUUCUCAGCCGCUGGUACAGCGGAGGUGAAGCCUAAGCGCCACUCCAUCGUUUCCACGUCAUCUGAUGCUGCUAGUGUAGGAAACCUUUACAGUCCCAGUCCUCUAGGCAUCAAUCCGAGGACCGGCGAGUACGGCGUCAAGGUCGCGGCGGACAUUUUCGUUAACAGGGCGAUGUACGAGUCCGAGUCUCUGACUGCCAACGGGAACUGGUGCUUGGCCCAUCUGAUGGUGUCCAAGAACAGCUUCCCGCCCUGUUUUCACGAGAAGGGGUUGGUUCUGCAGGAAGAGAACCUCCAACACCGCGAGGGAGUCUUCAUGGAUGCUUUGCGUGGCCUUACCAGUGGUAAGUGCAAGAACGAGCUCAAGGGCAUUCUGAACGGGCCGUCCGACGGCUUAGGGGAACUACAACGGCAAAAUACUAACAAAGCGAGCAAGCCUCCAUCAAAUAGUAGAUCGAUCGGCUUCAAAGGCGUCUCGAGCAUGAGCAAGUAUAUGACGAAUGGCGGAGGCCGUAAAAAUAGCCACAAGACUGCGCCGGAAACGGAAUUAGAACCUGUUCUAGCUGACCGACAGACAUCCGGAGUAUCUUUGUCCAGCGAAGAUGGUGGUUCGGAGAGUGCCACCGCGAGGAAGGAAAACAUGCUCCUGCUCGCACCAGUGAGCAGUACCGAACUUGCUCUGAAAGAAACGCUAGAAACUUACUUUCAGGCGUGCUCCAUCAUGUCCAACAACCGGCUGAUGUCUACCAUGGCUGCCACUUUGUCCAACUGCGGUCGCAACCCUAUCACGGGGACGGCCUGCUUUGGGCGUCGAGAGAUCACGCAGUUACUGCCGAUAAUUCUGACGGCGGGAAUGUACGACUACAGCGGUCAGUGGGCAUUCGACGUGGGCGUGCCAGCAAAGUCCGGUGUUGGCGGCUGCGUGUUCAUGGUGAUUCCAGGCGUGUGCGGUAUUUCCGUGUUUUCUCCGCGUUUAGACGAAAACGGGAACUCGGUACGCGGCGUAGACGCCUGCACGCGCCUCGCCAAGUUGUUGUCGUUGAACACGUUGAGUCUUCCUCAGACGACUGAAGCCAUAUUUGGCAAUUUCAAAGCGUCCCUUCAAGAAGAGGAAGGACACGACGAGGUGGGAGCGAUGUUCGACAGUCCAACCUCGGCUAGGAGCGAGGGCGAGGACCAGGACCCCUUUUAAGACCUCUCAUCUCGAUUACUUGAUGUUGAUCUAGUUGGUUCCAGAUCCAGUAUUUCUACUUCAUCAUGACUACUUAAUCGCUGUCGUAGGUAGCUGGAGGGAUCUCAAUUUAUUCGGAUCAUGGUGAAAGUACUGUAACAAACAGUUCUAAUAUAUAUACAUAUUUAUAGCCCAUAAUCAACAAGACGGGUGCUAUCCUCUCGUCUUUCAUCUUCUAAUCAUUUUCGUUGCGGGAAAUGAAUAUUCGGCACGGUCGCGAUCCCUUCUACGAACAGAUGGCGCUCAUCCUACACGCGGCUAUGCUUGGCGAUCUGCAGCUGCUGACCAAAUUCUACAAGAGUGGCGUGGACUUCUCAGUCGGUGACUACGACGACCGUACGCCGCUGCACGUAGCCGUAGCAGAAGGGCACGUAAGUGUAGUCCAGUUUCUGCUGUUCACAGUUACGGUCGAAGAGGCGGAGAAGCUGGAUCGCUGGGGUCAGACAGCCGCGGAUGGGCUCCACCACGCCCCCGUCGCUGCGGCGCGCAAGUUACGGCGAGUGCUAGCAAACAAGGGUCUGCACGUCAAGAGCAGCGGAGAACAACGCGGCGAAGGCGAGGUAGGAGGUGUGUUUCUGCAUCCCCAGAAAGGCAAGGAGUCUGCAGUGUCCACUCAGUCUCAGAUGAGUUUUUCGGCGCUACAGGAAGCCGCGCUCUUAGCAGAAGCCCAAGAAUACGGCGAUUUGCCGGCCCUGAACAGGGGCGCUGAGGAUACCGCAUCGCAGAUGGUCGGGCAUCCGUCCCUCACAGACGAGGAAAUUCCGAUUUUGUGGUCGGCGAAUCGGGAUUCCAUCGAGGCCCUUGACGACCUGCGCCAGUUCUGUACGCGGCACGGCGGCGAGAAGCUCACUCUCGGAGCGGACUACGACUGCCGCACCUGUCUGCACCUCGCGGUGUGUGGUGCGUGUUUGGGCAACGUGCGCUAUCUACUCACGCAAGCCAGGCACGCGAGUACGAUGCACGAAAUGCUGACGUAUCGUGAUCGCAUGGGUGGAAGCGUUUUCACAGAUCUUCUGCGCGAGAGCGCCAAGCCGCAAGAGCAGCUUCCAGAAAAACAAGCAGUCUGGGAGCUCAUAAAAAUGGAGCUCGAGACUGCUGCCGGUGCUUGUUAG